GCUCAUUCUAUAUUUGGAUACUCAGCAGUUUACAUAUAUUUUUUUAACUCUCUCUCUCUGGAAUAAAUAAAUAUACAUAUUUAUAUUUGAAUACAGGCAAUGACGAAGGAACCCAAUGAGAAAUGGCUGGAUCGCCAUUUCGCCCAACAGCUGGAGGAAUACGAGCCGGUCUUCCAACAGGAAGCCUCCGCAUCGGAUCAAGAGCUCAUCACAUAUUGGCUACAGAUCUUCCUAGCUGCGCCCAAGCCCCAAAAGUGGGCCAGAAACAGUUUGAUGCUGCUGAUGUACGGCCAUUUGAAGGAGAUUGGCUAUCUGCAGGUGCCCUUUACGGACGUGAACAGCAUGGGCAAGAAUCUGAACAAAGUACUGGACGGAUAUACGGGUCUGCCUGUUGUGACUACGAAUAGAACCCGUUCCACGCACGUCCUCACACCUAUACCCGAGGAGAAAACACCCUCUCCGCCUGAGACCGAGAAGCAAACACCCUCUCCGCCUGAGACCGAAGCGUCAACACCAUAUCCGCCUGAGACCGAAGUGCAAACACCCUCUCAGCUUGAAACGGAAGAGUCGACGACAGCCAAAGAAGAUAUCUAUUCUAAUCGGACUGCAUCUAUCAAGCGUCAAUUGAGCUACCGCUCGAGUCUCGAAGAGGCGACCCUCGGACGGGAGAGCACGAGGAGUUCCGCAAGUUCACAUCAGACGCUCUAUGAUACGUUCGAUUCGCACGAGUGCUAUCAGAGCGCGACUGAGCGGUUGCUGUGCAUGGCAGAGAGCGGGAGAAUGCUGCAGGUAGAGGCCGUCGUCGAGUCAAUGCGGAGGCUAGACGGACCUCCUCUGUCUACCAUAUCGGAAGAGAGCAUCAGUAAAGUGAAUGAUAGGGCUUUACAGAAAAGCUGCUCGAAGCUGUACAAGGAAAUCAUCAAAGCUAAGGGAGGGAACUUCGAGCAAAUGCAGGAUGUGGACAGUACAUCCAGUCGGGCGUCGAGCGAGGCGACAGAGAAGCGGGUGGCGAGUGCUGCAGCGAGGCGGAAGGUGACGGCGCUCAUAGAGCCAACAAGGAGGCACUCGCCCGAAUCCUCACCUGGACAGACGACCAGGCGUGACAACGAGGCCGAGCUGACGUAUCUGCGCCGGCGCAACAAGCAGCUGCGCCGCGAGUGCCUCAUCUACUACCACAGGAAUGGGAAGCUGCGCAAAUACCCCAAGUACCCGAAGAUCGAUGCGCAGGCGUUGGGGUUUCAAGUAGCUGCCUACCGGGCACACGCGCGCCUCGCGCGCUGGCAGGUCCUGAGCGGAGUGCCUCAGUACUUUCACCAGGAGUACGAUCGGAAGAAUGGCUGGCGGACCUAUCGGCGUAUUCUGCUGGCCACCGCCGUGCCGCGCAGUGUGCUCCGACGGCCGGUAACGCCCCGACGCGCACGCCCUCGCGUGCCCCUUCGCUUGUCCGACAUACUGCCUCUCAAACAUAUCUAUACUGAGAUGGGCGCCAGCCGGAUGUGCUAUGGCCACGGCAUCUGGGCACAAAAUAUAACAUUGGCAGAUCACAUGCAAUGUAACCCUAGAACAAGCGUUGAAUAA